UGUUCGAGUGAUAUUGCGUGAGAUUAUUUUACAUUUCUAGUAACAUAUAUGAAAUAGAGUAGAUGUAUAUUAAUUGGACUUUCAAAAUGCUUCAAACAAAAGAUUACACCCUGUGUUUUUUGUUGGUGACAUGUUUAAUUAUCAGUCCAGUACAUGGUAGCUGGCUGAAACUUCCCCAUGGAUGCAUUGUAGGACAUGACGCUGAGAUUUCCAAGGGAAUAUCAAAUGCUACAGAGUGCGCAGAAAAGUGUGACAGUCCUGACUACCCUUCUUGUGCCUCUAUAGAGUUUAUCUCAUCGAAAAAACUGUGUCGAUUUUCUCCUGCUCAUUCUCAAUAUCCCAAACCUCACAAAGGCUCUAAUGUAGAGGUACCUUGUCCUGAGGAUCCGGGCAUUGAAUAUUGGCAGAGGGUGCCUGUUGUACCCAAGUCAACAUAUCCAUAUAUUCAAAUACCAAACACGUGUAUAAUUGGCCUUGAUGUUGCAAGCAUCAAUUCAAGAAAUAUUGAAGAAUGCUGGGCUGAAUGCAAUAAUCUAGCCAAGGGGUGUAAAGCCAUUGAAUACAACAGCCUGCUAAAUGAGUGCCACCUACAUGGAUCAUUUAUUGAAUUUUCAACGGUGGGAAAUGAAUGGAGCAGCCCAUGUGCUAUAAAUGGUGAAGGGAGUUGGGUGUAUAGGCAGAGUAACUCUGUGUCUCUCAGUGACAUUGACAACAUUGUUCAAUUUGGUGGAUGGCUCGCAGAAUAGUUUAGUUGGGAUAGUUUUUGAAAUAGAUGCCAUUUAUAUUAAUAGUUUUAUUACAUUGGAGGCUUAUUAUACUUUUUCUGGUUAUUUUAUCAAAGAGCCACAU